GAAUUUCUGUCAUGUUGACACUUGUUUUCGGGCGCCCUUGUUUUCCCAACUUUUGGUUAGAACUAUUUGUAUAAUAUUCUUAAUCUUGGAUUUGCUGGGUACGAUCAAUUCUUAUCAGACUUGACGUUGGAAAGAAAAUGAAAACUGCAACUUAAGGAUGAAUUUCUCAGAGUUGUUUCGUCAGUCCAACCAAAUUUGCAGGUUUUCACCGGAUGGAAAAUACCUUGCAUCUGUUGUAGAAUUCCGACUUGUAAUCAGAGAUGUUGACACAUUCCAGAUACAGAACCUGUUCAGCUGUAUGGACACUAUCCAGCAUGUUGAGUGGUCUGCGGACUCACAGUUCAUACUGUGUGGCCUCUACAAGAGGGGCCUUGUGCAGGUCUGGUCCCUGGAGCAGCCCGAAUGGAAGUGUAAAAUAGAUGAGGGGUCUGCGGGGCUCUGUGAUGUCAGAUGGAGUCCGGACAGUCGCCAUAUCCUAACGACAGCCGACUUCCACCUGCGUAUCACGGUUUGGUCCCUUGUGACCAAGUCUGUGUCGUACAUCAGGUACCCCAAGCAGUGCCAGAACAACAUUGACUUCAGCGCAGAUGGAAAGUACUUGGCUCUGGCAGAGAGAAGAGAUUGCCAGGAUUUCAUCAGCAUAUUUGCCUGCAACACGUGGGAGCUGUUGAAGCACUUUGAGAGCAGCACAGACGACAUGGCGGGUCUGAGAUGGUCCCCAGAUAGCACCGUACUGUGUGUGUGGGAUAAUGCCCUCAACUACCUGGUGUUACUGUACUCCCUGGAUGGACGCUGCCUAUCAAAGUUCAGUGCCUACGAGUACGCACUUGGUAUUAAAACACUAACGUGGUCGCCAACCAGUCAGUUCUUGGCUUUAGGUAGCUACGAUGAGAAACUGAGGCUCUUAAAUCACGUGACCUGGAAGACGAUAACGACGUUCUCCCAUCCAGAGACUGUGAACGAGACAUCGGCAGUCGUGUACAAGGAAGUAGAAACACGGACGCCACAGCCAGUGAAGAGCGAUCUCACUGAUAUUCCCACUGCUGCCUUGUUCUCUCCACAGAGCAGGUACGAGGUACAGUCUGCGCCUGUGAAAGUCCCUGUCGUCAUUCCAGACACCAACAAAGCCAACCCUAGACGGGGCGUUGGGUUGACGGCCUUUAGCAAAGAUUGCAAGUACAUGUACACCCGCAACGAUAACAUGCCGCAUACACUGUGGAUCUGGGACAUACAGAAGCUUGCCCUGUGCGCUGUCAUCAUUCAGGCGGCACCUAUCAAGCACGUGGAAUGGGACCCCUUGAAAACGAGACUGGCCCUGUGUACGGGCGUAAACAAGCUGUACAUGUGGUCGCCGGCUGGCAGCCUGUGUGUGGAGGUCCCCGUUGAGGGAACGUUCCAGGUGCAUGCACUCAAGUGGCACCCCGAUGGGGGCUCGCUGCUCUUGCUGGGGAAAGACAUGAUGUGCAUCUGCUACCUGAACAAUGUCUCCAGUGAAGCUGAGGAUGUGUCAGCUGACUGAGCAAUUCAGUCGCGGUCUGGGAUAACUGGGCGUAAUGCAUGAGCAUUAAGUGUCGUCAAAUUUUAGCCUGUGCACUCGGCACUUUCUAAUCCGGGAAGACAGUUUCCUCUUUCAUGUUAAUUUUUGUUUCAAUGAAGUCUCUUCUUAGCUAAAAUACAGUUCAGGCGGAAAGUGUUGUUCUUGAUAAGCCUGUGCAGACUGCACAGGCUUAUCUGUGACAACACUUUAUGCACAUACAUGAAGCCCAGUUUUCCCUAAACGAGGCUCAUUUGUCUGUGGACUAGUGAGUUGUCUGAAUGUGAAGCAUGAAUGUUGCAGACAUCAUUUAGCGCAAACCUUGAAAAGAUAGGAGUUUUGUUUCCAUAUACUGUAAAAUCAUUGUAUAUGUCGCCACUAAACUACCUGAGUUUUCAAAAUAAUGUCCUUUUUGUGGGCACGCAUUUGAAAAAAGUGAUUAGGAAUGAGUAAAGGUGAUUUUCUGAGGUGUUUGUAUUAAACUAGUGGAUCGCUCAACCCACAAAAUUAAAUAAAAAAAUUUGUCCCACGAAUAGUAAUGAUUUUACAGUAUGAUUUUUUCUUCGAAUGGCGAUUCAAACAACUUCUGGAAAGUUUGUGUCUUAACAUUUGUAACAUAUUGUGGAUGCACGCCAAAGAAUGCUGUUCGGGAGGUACAAGUCAUCUCAAUGAGUUUGUCUUAAUCGAGGUUCAGAAAGUAAUGAAAAUGUUUGAUAACCCAAAGCUUUUUUUCUUUCUGUGAAAAUGGCAGGUUUUCACAAUUUUGGGAAAUUCGCGACUCAAAUUUUUACAAUUUCAAGAAGUUCACGACUCAAAUUUUCACAAUUUUAGAAAGUUCGCAACUCAUUUUUUCACAAUUUUGAACAGUUUGCGACUCAUUUUUUCACAAAAUAAGGGCGGGGAGGCCAAGGAGGCUUCACAAAAACAGGAAAAAAAGCUCAGUUAAACCACUGUAGUACUUGCACGUCUGUGCGUUGAUAUGAAGGUUUAGAGCUCAGUGAUAUUACUGUGAUAUUUACAUGUAUGUAUCUUGUUUUAGGCUCCUUGAUGUUGGAGGCAUUUACUGAGUGUUCUGUCUGUUUAUCCAUCUUUCUGUUAGUCUCUCCAUUAGGAACAAAUGCAGUUGAUCUUGCUGUUUUGUCUGGUGGUAAACUCUUUUCAUUCUGGCACAGUUGUUGCCAUGACACCUUACAAAACCAUGCUUUGAUCUUGGCCUAAUCAUUUGUGUUAACUAGAUUUUUAUGCCCCCGAAGGAGGGCAUAUAGUGAUCGGACCUACCGUCCGUCUGUCAAUCCGCCACAUUUUGCGUUUUGGUUUCGCGUAAAGUUUCGAAAAAUGCUCAUAACUUCUAUGUCGCUUUGGAUAUCAACUUGAUAUUUGACAUGCAUGUGUAUCUCAUGGAGCUGCACAUUUUGAGUGGUGAAAGGUCAAGGUCAUCCUUCAAGGUCAAAGGUUAAUUAUAUGGCUUCAAAGCAGUGCAGAAGGGGGCAUUGUGUUUCUGACAAACACAUCUCUUGUUCCAUAUGAUUUAGCAUCAACAGUAUGGACUAUGUUGUUGCUUAUGACUAGCCCAAGUUAACCCAUAAUAAAUAAACUUACUUUGACCUUGACCCAUCUAGCACCAAUUGGGGUGGGGGGGCAUGUGUGUUUGUCAUAUAUAUAUCUGUCUCUGCAUUGAUUUGUACAAAAUAAGUAGCAUAAAAGCAGUAAAAUAUAACCAUUCCAUAACUUGUAUAUUUUUGCAAAUGGAAUACAAAACAUUAUAUUAAUAAACGUAUGAUUAAUAUAA